AUGGCCACGCAAGUAGUAGGAAGUUCUACUGAGCAGACCGGAGAGGCUGGAGCUGCAAUUUAUUCACCAUUCGUAUUAUCAGUCUACGAUCUUUGGGUUCUCAAAAUCUCAAAUUCAUUUGCUUGGCGCUGCCCGACAAAGAGCAUCCAAUUGCCAUUCUUCAAACAAUUCAUUGGCAAAAGACAUCUCGACAUUGGUCCCGGCUCAGGCUAUUAUCUUGAGCAUGGCAACAUUCCAGAAGAAACCGCAGUGACAUUACUGGAUCUAAACACGAAUUCACUUAACGUCGCAAAGCAACGACUUGGCAGACCGUCGACUGUGACCAUCGAAGCCGAUGUGACCCAAACACUUCCCCUGGAAGGUGUCUAUGAUUCAAUCUCACUGUUCUUUCUUCUCCAUUGUCUUCCCGGUCUUUUGGAAGAGAAAAUGAAGCUUUUUACCAGUUUAAAGCCUCAUCUGGCGCAGAAAGGAGUUGUGUAUGGAUCCACUAUUUUGGGGAAGGGUAUUCAACAUAACUGGUUCGGGACUCGUCUUAUGAAUUUCUAUAAUAAUAAAGGCGUCUUUGGAAACCGGGAUGAUGGAGAAGAAGAAUUUCGCCAGGCUCUCUGCAACGAGUAUGAGAAUGUCGAAACGAGAAUUGUUGGAUGCGUGCUCCUAUUUUCAGCUUCACGGCCCAAGGACGACUCGGAAAACAGCGAUUGA